AGCGUCGUUCGCGAACGCGGCCGGGCGCGAGAGGCGAGAGGCGAACGUCCACGCGAGAGCGCGAGGGACACGCGUGCGAACACGCGCGAGAGGACGGCGCGGCGCGAGCGCGCGUCGGGAGGAAGAGAAGUCGCGCGGCGACGAGAUCCGGGGCGCGGGCGCGAGGAGGAACACUCCCGAAGCGGGAAUUAUUAUUUCUCUCGGCGGGAACGAACCCUACAUGGGCGCGGAACGAAUGCCGCCGACGCGAGUGUUUCGAGGCGAGGGCGACCUCAUGGUCGACGCGCUCAUCGCGGCGUCGCAAGAGAAGGCGUACAACACCGCGCCGAUGCCCGGGUACGGCCGCGACCUCGUGCCGUACUUCGACGCGAACGGCGACGAGAACGCGGACGCGGGGGUCAAUAAUUACUACGCCGACGCGGGGAAUAUCAACGCGGGGCGGCAGCAGCAUACUUACGAGCGACAGAAGCCGAACCUGCAGCAUCAAGUGUCCACGCCGGCGCAGCAGGCGCCGCCGGCGCCGAAGCCGAAGCAAUCGAAGAAGACCAAGCCGCCGAAGGUUGUCCCCGCGCCGAAAGGGAGCGCGAGCGCGCCCAACCUGCUGAACCAGCAGAAGACGACGGGGCACCAGACGCAGCAGCAAAACGGUAAUCAGAAAGCGCCGCGGCGAUGGGCGGGGCCCGCGUUCAGCAACUCCCCGGCGCCGGACGCGCUGCCGGUGCCGGACUUCCUCAUGGGCGGCGGCGGCAAGACGUCGUCCGCCGCGCAGCGGAGCUCCCCGCCCGCGAACGCGGGGGCGGAGCUGAUGGCCAUGCUCGGGCAGUCGGCGCCGGCGCCGGCGGCGCCGCCGCCGCCGCCGCACCCGCCACAUCACGCGGCGUCCGCGCCGGAUCUGAUGUCGAUGCUGUCGAACGCGCGGCCGUCUAACGCGGCAUCGCACGCGCCGCCGCCGCCGCCCGCGAAGUCGAACCUGCUCACGCCGGAGGCGCUCGCGGCGAUGGUCAACGGCGGCGGCGGCGGCGCGAGUCGGAGCGCGUCGGCGUCGGCGCAGGCGGCGAGGAAUAAGCAGCUGCUGUCGAUGGCGAGCGCGGGUCCGAGCGUGACGUCGCGGCCGCCGCCGCCGCCGCCGGCGGCGCCGGCGCCGUACGGCGCGCGCGCGCCGCCGGCGUCGGACGACUUCCAGCGGCUGCUUCAGAGGCUGGGAUAA